UAAUCCAAUCCUAACCAAUGUUGCAGUAAGGUAAGCUGUUGACAUCAAUAUCAGGACCAGAGAUCUCUUCAUUUCAAUCCCACUGGAAAAUCAACUUUCGUUUUGAAAGCAACUGUUGCAAAAGCCAUUGCCAUGGUGAUUUGAGGGAAGAAUUGCAAACGAUUGUUGUCAAUUGAGAGAAAGGAGCAACUGUUCAUGUGAACUGAAGGCCCUGGUCAGAGAAAAUCUAUGCUGCACAGGACUCACUGAGCCAACGCAAACAUGGUCGAUGAAAAUCCAUCUGAACUCGGAGCACUUAAUGAGAAUUGCUCAAACACAAUCCCACUGCAACCCAGAAUUAAACCGGACGCCACUGACAACCCUGCAUCGUUCCACUCUGGGUGUUUGGGAAACAGAAAGAAGAUGUGCUACAUCACUGGGAUCCUUCUGAUUAUCAUUGUUAUUAUUAGUGUUGGAGUAAUUGUGCAUCAGGCCUGGACAUGUGAUGCCUGUGAAAUUCAUAAGAACACUGCUAUCGCCUCAGAUGCAGCUCCUUGCUCUCAAAUUGGCAGGGACAUCAUGAAGAGGAACGGCUCAGUGGUUGAUUCUGCCAUCGCGGCGUUGCUCUGCAUCGGUCUGAUGAAUCCCCACAGUAUGGGCAUCGGAGGGGGCCUGAUCCUCACCGUCUACAGUGCAUCAACAGGUGAGGUGGGAAUUAUUAAUUCAAGAGAAGUGGCUCCAGAGAAUGAAAUUCCCAACAGCCUGGAGACAGGUGGGCCGUCGAUUGGAGUUCCAGGCGAAAUCAGAGGAUAUGCUCUUGCACAUCAACGACAUGGCCGGCUACCAUGGAAGCAAUUGUUUGAGCCUUCCAUUGAAUUCGCAAGGAAAGGUUUUCCGGUGGGUAAGAGCCUAGCUGUCGCACUUGAAGCAAACAAACUCCAAAUAGAAGAGAGUUCGUCGCUAUGUGAUGUGUUCUGUAAGAAAAACAGCAACAGGAUUUUGAAUGAAAAUGACCUAAUAUAUUUUCCACAAUUAGCGAAUACACUACAAAAGAUAGCAGAUGAAGGGCCAGACACAUUUUAUGAUGGACCCAUUGCUGAGGAUAUUGUUCAGUCUGUAAGCCAGUCAGGUGGGAUGAUUUCCCGAAAGGACCUGAUGCAGUAUAAGGCGAGAGAAGAGACCGCAUUAAAUGUGGCCUUGGGUGACUACACGUUGUAUGUCCCUGGUGCUCCAUCGGGUGGGCCAGUCCUUGCGCUCAUUCUCAAAAUCCUUGAAGGAUAUAAAUUUUCCAGAAAGAGCAUAUCCACUCAAGAACAGAGAGCUCUAACAUACCACAGAAUUAUCGAAGCCUUCAAAUUUGCAUUCGCAGAAAGAAGCAAGUUGGAUUAUCCAACAUCCAAUGACCACAGGAAGGCGAUGGAGAUGAUUUCAAAAGCAAAUGAAAUUAGAGAGAGGAUCAACGACAGUAACACCAGUGAAGGAAUUGAUGAUUAUGGGAUCAAAUGCUUUUUACCAGGACAGAGUGGAACAUCCCAUCUCUCAGUGGUUGCGAAAGAUGGUAGCGCAGUGUCUGUUACCAGCACCAUCAACGGGCGCUUUGGGUCAUUUGUCCGUUCCAAUGGGACUGGGAUAAUAUUCAACAACCAGAUGGCAGACUUCUCCCUACAUAAUAACGGAAAGAACAGUCUGCCACCGUGUUCUCAAAACUAUGUUCAACCAGGCAGAAGACCGUUCUCCGCUAUGUCUCCCGCAAUUAUACGCGACAAAGAUAAAAAUGUGAAAAUGGUAGUGGGAGCUUCGGGUAGCUCGAGGAUCAUCACAGCAACUGCUCUGGUACGUGAUGAGGUUAUUAUCCAUGCACUAUGGUUUGGCGAUGAUGCUUGUAAGGCUGUGAACAGGCCAAGAAUCCAUCACCAACUACUGCCAAACUUUGUUCAAUUUGAGCCUGAGCAACUAGAACGAAAUGCAGAAGAGCUCCGUCAGUUUCGCGAGGAAAUGGAGAUUGACCUGAAGAAGAAGAUGCACAUCACGGAUUUUGCCGAUAUGCCUUCAGUAGUGCAGGCUAUUGUCAAGGAAGGGGGAGUUUGGCACGCUGUUUCAGAUGCUAUACGGAAAGGUGGCUGCCCUGCUGGAUACUGAGUCAUUCAGGGGCCUUUUCAACUCCUACUCAUCAUUGUGUGAAUUAUUGUAGAAUAUUUUGGCCAAUAUGAGUAAGAUUUUUAGCUGUGAAUUAUCACCACUUCGUGGCUCGCAGGAGACCUUAACAUUGUGAACCAAACCAAACCAUUUUGUUGAAAGCUAGAAUGUCUCAUGCUGUAAUCCACCCAGAGAGUUAUGCCCCUGUCCCACUUAGGAAACCUGAACGGAAACCUCUGGAGACUUUGUGCCCCACCCAAGGUUUCCGUGUGGUCCCCGGAGAUUCCCGGAGGUUUUUGUC